GUCAACACUGAAGACUGAAGCCACGCUGCGAAGACGAAGACUGCUGUGCCAAGACUGUCUAGUGAUAAUUUAGAUUCUUCUCUUCUCGAGGGGAUCGAGCGGAUCGUGUGGCCAUCCCAAGAGCUCUGUGUCGACUCGAAUUACCUGCCUAGAUUUGGGAAAGAAGUGAAAGGCCAACUCAGCCACAACUAAAAGAAUGUUCCUUAUAGCGGCCUUUUGCUUGGCCCUGGCAGCGGCGGGUGGCCAGGCCAGGCCCCUGGAGCCCUCGGCGCAGCACAUAGUGAUCGUGACCCCGCAGGCGCAGGUCCAUCUGGAGCCAGCCCUCCGCUAUGUCCAUGGCCUGUCCCCACUGGCUCGUGUGGCCUCGCCGCAUCAUCAUGAGGAAACCAUUGUGUAUGUGCCGGCCGGAGCUGCUGCCCAGGUGGUGCCAGUGCUGGAUGCAGUGGGCUCGGGUCGGGCUGGCGGGGCAGCCAGUCAGCCGGAAACGAAGCAGUGGGAGAACCCUGCGGAGAUCAUUAACCAGAUCCAGCAGGCCUCCAUGCAGGGCGUUGAGAUUGCGAGCGGGCAGUUGAGCGAGGCAGCCGCAUCUGCAGCUUCGGCCGGAGCAGGUUUCUUCCCGGCACUGUUCCCUCCACCAGGCUCCAAGAAGGAAGAGCCACUGCAGCAGGGACUGAAGACUGAGAAGAUUGAGCUGAUUGAGACGCCGGCCAAUACCCAGCCCCUGAUUGCCACCGAAGCUCGGCACUUCUACACCAUUCCGCAGGUCUAUCACACACCAGUGGUGGAUGUGGUGCACGCUCCCGUCUACUCCUGGCCCAUUCCCGCCAUUCGGGCCCGCAGCAUCCAGGAACCCGAGUUGGAGCAGCAACAGCAGGAGCAGCAGCAACAGCAGGCGGCGGCUGAACCGGCUUUGAAGCAGACUUUGAAGGCGGAACCGGAGUUACAGGCGGAGAUCCAGCCGGAGCCGCAGCCCCAGGCCCUGUUGAAGGAGCAGCCUCUGCUGAAGGAGCAGCCAUUGCCGAAGGAGCAGCCACUGCUAAAGGAGCAGCCUUUGUUGAAGGAGCAGCCUCUGCUGAAGGAGCAGCCGCUGGAGCAGCCUGCCCAGGAUCAGCCAAAACCGAUCAUCGCCGCGGCCAGCGAGCAAAAGUCCGAGUUCGCCGGCCGUCUCCUGGAGAGCAAUGCCAUCAAGCAGGAGCUGCAGGGAGCCGAAAUUGCCAAGGAGCAGUUGAAGGAAGAGCCGGCCAAGGCCCAGCUUCCAGAGGAGCCGCUGAUUAAGGCUAUUCCCGCCGCUGAGCCGCUGCUGACGAAGACCAUUCCGGCCGAGCCGAUCCAGGCAGAGCAGCCAAAGCAGGAACAGAUCCAGCAGAUUCAGCCGGCGCAGCCUGCCGAGACCAUCGCCGAUGCCAUUUUGCCGCAGGCUUGAAGCCUGGGAACCAGAACCAGAACUCUGAAUCUCUGAAACUCACUCAUCCCUUUGGGCAGCUUUGGUUCUUCGACUGACUCUCAUCGGUGGCCCGGCGCUUAAGCGGACCGGGCCACGGGGUAACCCUCAUCCUCGACCAGCCACAACAGUACAUUUAAUUACUAACAACA